AUGAUCCGAAAUGUAGCUCAGGCCAUCCCUUCUUACUGUAUGUCAUGCUUCUUAAUUCCAAAAUCACUGUCUCGGGAGAUUGAAAGAAUGCUAAAUGGAUACUGGUGGAAAAACAACUCAGGCACUAGCAAAGGGUUGCGUUGGCUCUCAUGGGGUAAAAUGUGUAAGUCAAAACAGAAGGGUGGAUUGGGUUUCAAAAGUCUAUAUGGCUUUAAUCUUGCUCCUCUAGGCAAGCACAUUUGGCAGUUUUUAAAUAAUCUAGGAUCCUUGGUGGCACGGGUUUUUAAAGCUCGCUAUUACCCAGAUGAUCAUAUCAUAGAAGCUCAAGUGGGACGAGAUGCUAGUUUUAUCUGGAAGGGUAUUUGUGAAGCUAAAGAGGUGUUGGCUAAGGGGUUUAAAUGGGUGUUAGGAGAUGGACAAAGCAUCAAUAUCUUCUCGGAUCAAUGGCUAAGGGGGAAGGCUGAUUAUCGAGUAGAGAAUCAUCAUGUAAACAGCAGCAGAAAUGACAAGGUGAAGGAGUAUUUCCGUCCUGACAUUAAACAAUAG